AUGACGAAGAACUUAUUUAAAAUGAUUUCGUUUAAAGUUUGGAUGUGUUUAGUUGCGGUGACCGGUGCGCGCGCACGUUCCGCGCCGCCCGCCCCUGUCGGCUGUCAGUGGGACUAUUCGGACGCCAAGUUGAGUGAAUCUAACUUUCUCACGUGUAACAUCAAAACCAUCGGCUCAGCAGACUUCUUAUUUAAAAACAUAACCACGGCGCAGGCGUACAACAUCAACAAGUUGAAACUUACUUGUACCGAUUUACUUUUCUUUGAAAGUUCCUUACACAUGAAUACAGGCAGCUUUUUGGGACAGUUACGAAAACUAGAGGACUUGCGCAUUGAAUACUGCAAAAUACGUUAUGUUCCGGCGACUGUAUUGUCACCGCUACGUGAUUUAACUAGUUUGACUCUGCGUUCAUAUAAUACCGAUUGGCCUGCCAUGACAAUGGAGUUUCAUGCUGAGAGUUUUCGUGGUUUAAUGGAACUUCGAUCAUUGGACUUAGGUGAUAAUAACAUCUAUAUGUUGCCAUCUGAAGUUUUUUGUCCGCUUUUUAGCUUAGAAACAUUAAAUUUGACAAAUAACAAAAUUCAAGACAUAUCUGAUAUUGGAUUCUCUAACUGGGGCAAAGGACCUAUCGCACCAGGCAAAUCAUGUAACACUGGAUUGAAAAUGCUUGAUUUAUCGCAUAAUAAUAUUUUAAGACUGCCCGAUAAUGGCCUUUCGAGCCUUAGAUCCUUAGAAGUACUAAAGAUUCAUAAUAACUUAAUUAAUGAAAUAGGAGACCGAGCCUUUGUUGGAUUAAAUUCAUUGAAAAUUUUGAAUUUAUCUGGGAAUAAGCUAGUAGCAGUUCCACCAGAAUUGUUCCAGUCUUCUCGUGUUAUCAAAGAAGUCUCAUUAGCGAACAACUCGUUAUCAGUAUUGGCACCUGGCUUAUUGGAAGGACUUGAUCAACUUGAAAAAUUGGAUCUAUCAAGAAAUCGCCUAACUAAUAACUGGGUCAACCGGGAUACAUUUUCUGGAUUGAUUCGUUUAGUUAUUUUGAAUCUUUCUUACAAUGCUCUUGCCCGCUUAGACCCUAAAUCAUUCCAAGAUCUAAAUAAUUUACAGGUAUUGAACUUAGACAACAACGCUAUUGAAAUCAUUAGUAAUGGGGCAUUUGCAGAAUUAAAAAAUCUACAUCAACUUUCAAUAUCAGAUAAUAAAAUAAAAACAUUAAACGAAAAUAUAUUUUCAAAUUUGUUUGUACUCAGCCAACUAUAUUUAGACAACAAUGAAAUAUCUACAAUACACGAACGUUCGUUUGAAAAUAUAACCUAUCUUCAGGAUUUAGGAUUAAAUGGAAAUAAUCUUAAUAUGAUUCCUGUUGGCAUUAAAAGAUUACGAUUUUUGAAAUCGCUUGACAUAGGUAAAAAUAAUAUUACGAAAAUAAUAAAUUCAUCUUUUGAAGGACUGGAAGAAUUAUAUGGAUUAAGACUGGUCGAUAAUCAUAUACGAAGCAUACCGAAAGAUACAUUCAGUACUCUGCCUUCUUUACAAGUCUUAAAUAUUGCUUCAAAUAAAAUAGAAGUAAUAGAACAAGACGCGUUUGUUGCAAAUCCGACUUUAAAAGCCAUUCGCCUUGAUGGAAACAGACUUACAGACAUUCGAGGAGUUUUUAAUAAAUUAAAUACUCUGGGGUGGUUAAAUAUAUCAGACAACAAACUUAUAUACUUCGAUUACAGUUAUAUGCCAGAAAGUCUUGAGUGGCUGGAUAUUCAUAUGAAUAAUAUAACAAAACUAGAUAACGAGCAAAACUUGCAACAAAACAUCCGAAUGCUCGACGUUAGUUACAAUGCUUUAGAAAACGUCGAUGAAAGGUCGAUACCGGAUUCAAUAGAGAUCCUUUUCUUAAAUAACAACAAAAUUCACACGAUUCAUCCAGGUACAUUUAUACAAAAAAGAAAUUUGGAAAAAGUUGUUAUUACGGACAAUAAACUUAGAACUUUAGAACUAUCAGCGUUUACGUUGCCUCAUAUUCCAAAACACAAAUCAUUACCGAAAUUUUUUAUCGGCAACAAUCCAUUUGUGUGUAACUGUCAUAUGAUAUGGCUACAAAAAAUAAAUCUUUGGAAUCAUAUGAGACAAUAUCCGAGAUUUGUAGACUUAGACUCGAUUACCUGCGAAGUCGUUAGCAACAAAUACGGGGGAAAGGCGAACUUAAUGGAUGUUCCUGAAACACAAUUCCUUUGUUCCUAUGAAACUCAUUGUUCUUCAAGUUGUUUCUGUUGUGACUUCGAGGCUUGUGAUUGCAAAAUGACGUGCCCAGAGGGCUGUUCUUGUUUUCAUGAUAGUAAUUGGAAUUCUAAUGUUAUUGACUGUUCAAAUGUUGGAUAUACCGAAGUACCCGAAAAAAUACCUAUGGAUGCUACAGAACUUUAUCUUGAUGGCAAUGAUUUCGGGGCGUUAGGAAGUCACCUAUUUAUCGGCAAGAAAAAAUUACACAAAUUAUACUUAAAUAACAGCAAUAUAGUCUCAAUGGACAACGAUACUUUAAAUGGAUUGCACGCACUUAAUGUUCUACAUCUCGAAAAUAAUCAUUUGACCGAAUUAUCUGGCGGUGAAUUUUCUCAAACUAAGCACUUACGAGAGUUAUACUUAAAUGAUAACCUAUUAACAAGUGUUGCGAAUAAUACUUUUGAAAACUUAUCAUCUCUACGAGUCGUACAUUUACAAGGAAAUAAAGUAUUAGACCUCGACAAAAAAGUAGCUCAUAUUGUUCACCUAGAAAAUGUGAAUGUGAGAGGCAAUGUGUUUACGUGUUCCUGCGAUAACCUAAUGUCACUACAGAACUGGUUUAAGAAACAUUACGAAGAUCCUGCUGAAAUGUUGUGUUUGCCUGAAAAUGGUUCAACUUUAAAUAUAACGGUGUUUGAUGUGAUGGACAAGUGUCGUGACUCUGGUGUAAUGGACAAUAUUAUUCCUACUGAAAAUCAACCUUAUCAAUACGAUGAAAUUAGUACUAUUAAGCUUAAUUUCGUGCCUCUUUUAGCCGUAGUAUUAAUAAGUGUAAUUCUUAUUUUAUUAUUCGGUGCUUUAGCAUAUUCCUUUAGACAAAAUGUAAGGUUAUGGGCACAUUCUAAAUAUGGAGUUAGGCUAUUUAAAAGUACUUCAAUACAAGAAAGUGAACUCGAUAGAGAUAGAUUAUAUGACGGAUAUGCUGUUUAUAGUUUGUUGGACGAUGAUUUUGUUUCAAAAGUAGUAGCGCCAGAAAUGGAACACUUUGGUUAUACAAUGUGUUUUCAUUAUAGGGACUUACAACACGCACCGGAAAAUUAUUUAUCAGAGCAAAUUACUAAUGCUGCGGAAUCUUCAAAGAGAAUAUUAGUUUUUGUUUCGUUUAAUUUCUUACAAAAUGAAUGGUCUAAAAUUUCAUUUAAAGAAGCAAUAAAACAUGUCAUCACUUCGAUUCAUCCUUCUAUAAGACGUCAUAGAGUAGUUUUUAUAUUAACAACAGAUGUAAGUGCUUUAAAUUUAGACUUAGAUUUUCAAAACUAUUUGAAAAAUUGUAACGUAUUACUAUGGGGAGAACGAAAGUUUUGGGAGAAAAUGAGAUUCCUUAUGCCUGACAUUUCAAAUUUACAUUGGAAUAAAGAUCAUAUUAACUAUAGUCAUAAUCUAUGUCCUAAUGGUAGGCGGCAUCCAUCUCGCUAUACUGCCUCGCCAACGGCGCCAGAACAUUGGUAUAAAUACGAUGCCAUUCCUCCCCAAACGCCAACUACUGCCAAUGUUGGAAUUAAUAUGGAAGACGACACCUCCAUGCUAACAAACACGACUUUGACGAGUCAAAUACAAGAAAGUGACAACCCACAUCAUAGUUACAUUUCAAUUGAUACGCAAAAUUAUGAGCAACCAUAUACGGGUCGGCCUAGGCCGCCCAAUACAUUACGAAAACAUCCCAGCCAUCACUCUCCUUCAAUACUCGAUGAGCAAGGCUAUUUACAACCCCGAUCUUCAGUACAUGAUUGCUUACCUCAAACCCAUUCGGUCGUACAUAGAUAACAUGUUACAAAACUCAAAUGUCGUUAUCUCUUAAAGAUAUUUCUUAAUGGAACAGUACAUUCCAAGCUCGUGUGUAGACUAGGCUACGUUUUGGUUACCCAUGCCUUAUUGAUACGUGAUAAUUUUACAACACUUCGGUUGAAAACAUUCGGCCAAAUAACUAAUUCGUUCCUCGUAGUUUUCAUAGAGCAUAGAUGUUUAAAAUAUAUUAAAGAGACUGUAUUGUUAAAAUAUCGCAUACGUAUCGGAAUUAAAAAUAGCCUUAUUGUUCAGAAUUGAUUACAUUCGAAUAACGUAACAUUUAUUACUACUAAGUUGAAAAGAGUUGUCCUUUAAGACUGAUAAAAUUUAAUUGUAUAGUUUUACAAAUCGCCAGUAUAUGAAGUGAAUAAACUUUAAGUAUUUUGGUAUAGUAUAUUAUCUCGUUGUUACCAAAUAUAUUGUAAAUAUGUGUAAAUAAGCAUUAUGUAACAUACUACAUACAUCUGUAUAGUUUCCCUAGUCAUUAAUUAAGUUUGAAUAAUGUUGAUAUUUCUAGAUAGAUAUACCUAACACUACAUAGUCAAUAACAUCAUCCGGUUAGUCAUAGUUGCUAUAAAUAUUUCUUGUAGUGAUAAUGAAUUGCCUAAAAUGUAUUCGAUAAAGUUUUAGUUUGUAUAAUAUUAUGUGUUGUUAUUGACUCUGGGUGAAAUGUACCUAAUAUAAUCAAUUUUCGAUUGUUAAACGUGCUGAUAAAUUAAAACUAUAAAUAAACUUAUUGAAACAUA